CUCUGUGACUCGCCCAUCUCGGAGAUCAACAAGAGAUUACUCUCUUUCCUUCCACGUUCGUGGUCCGUUUUUCGUUCGAUACUAACGGAGCUUGCAAGAUUAUCAAAGAACGCUGGAUCCGUGGCGACGGCAUGUUGGCGCUUUAAUUUUCUUCGUCCUUCAUGGGCGAGUAUAUACCAUGUUCCUCUGACCGACGACGCUCGCAUUAUCCGGAAAGGUAAAGGAAACGAAAUAUAUAUAUAUAUAUAUACAUAUAUAUAUCAUGGCGUUCUACGACGUGGGAACGGGCGACCUCAAGGAAUUGUGGGAGUCCUAUAUCACCGAGCCACCGAUACUCAAUCCAGAUAUCUUACUGAACACCAAAGAGGAGGAAUGGAGCAAUGUCUUGAGCUUCAGACACAAUGUGAUUCUGAGAGAUCGUCUAAUGACGGACGCAGCUCUUGGUGGACCACGGCCGAUAAAAUCCGAACAUAGUUAUAGCCUUUUAGCUUCCAGUCCCCCUCCGAGCCCAGCAACGCCAGGAGCUAAUCCACAUACGCCCAAUUCAGGUUCCGGCGCGGUCGGUUCUACCGUAGUGACUACCAAUUCCUCCAUCGAUUUCGCCAAUCUGGAUCAUAAAUCUCUCGAUAUCCGUGACAGAAUUGAUGAUAUGGAAGAAGAAUGUUUUCCGGCUAUUUCGAUAAGCAACACUUCGAACCACGUCGAAUCGUCGUCGUCGUCGUCGUCAUUGUCGUCGUCGUCGUCGUCGUCGCCGUUGACGUCGUCAUCUACCUCGAAUAUAAUCCUCAAGAGAAACGCCCUAGUACCUGAAGAUAAUGAAUGUCCUGAAAUCAAGGGCGAACCCAUCAGCGCCCCGGCAAGUCCCUGCGCACCUUGUCAGCCGAAUUGCGAUAUGGUGGACGAUAAAAGCACGAUAACAAUAGUAUCGCCGCAGAGCCUUCACUUCGCCAAAACCCAUUUCUCACACACGAGUGACAGCGAAGAGGAUGACGAAGAGUACUAUCAGAAUAUGGAAAUUGAGGAGUACGAUGUGGUCUGCAAGGGGAAGGAAGCGACCUUGCAUGCAUCGAGACAGGGAUUGCCGCCGACGCCACCCAGUAGCGCAAGCUCUGACAGCGAGGGUACUGCUUCGGCUUCCUGUUCGCCGGAACGCCGAGAUUCUCAGACUUGUACACAGAAUCUCAGGGGUUUACUGGCACCGAGGCUUUACGUCACCAACAGCACUCACACUACCAGACAGCCCAUUCAUACGCCUUUGAUUUCCUGUCAGCCGAAAGGAUCUACAGGAGUGUUAACAUUGACGGAAGAAGAGAAAAGAACUUUGAUAGCCGAAGGAUAUCCCGUGCCUACGAAGCUUCCACUAACAAAGCAAGAGGAGAAAUCUCUAAAGAAAAUACGAAGAAAAAUUAAGAAUAAGAUAUCAGCGCAGGAAUCGCGAAGAAAGAAGAAGGAAUACAUGGAUGGUUUAGAGAGGCGAGUUACCAUGUUGACGAACGAGAAUUCCUCUUACAGAGACAGACUUAAUUCUCUAGAAGACACGAAUCGCGAGCUAGUGAAAGAGUUACAACGUCUUCAAGCCUUGUUGCAGCUACAACAAUAAAUUUAUUCAUUUCUAUCUAGAAUAACCUAAAUUUAUUUGAUAUCAUUAAAUUUUUAUUUUUAAGAAGAUUUAACGUUAAUUGACGUUAUGUAUAAUUGUUCUUCCUAAAAAUGAAUAUUUAAUCUGACGAAUAUUGCAACAAUUUG